UAACGGAAAGAAAACGGAUAGUUUUUAUUAUGCACGAACAACUAAUGGGCCUAAUUUGAUUUAUCGGGCUAGAAACGGCCCAUAUAGAAAAUGUUAACGGCGUGAGAGCGGUGUAAAUAUUCCCCGUCAAAGUAGAAAUUCAACGCUCCAUACGGAAAAUACGACGCUUAACCGUGUUGGCUUUCUUCUUCUCCAACCAAACCCAAUUAUUUCUCUCUCUACACCCAGAAAAAACAGCCAAAUUCAUUUCUCUCUCUCCUCUGAAUUUUUCCCCUGUUCAAACCACAACAAUAAUUACAGUCUGAUUCAUCGCAGAUUUUAGCUCGUCUUCCUUCGUUCACCUCUGCCGAGGGCACCGAUUUUCCUCGGUUAUUGCUCUCUGGUAAGAAGCCCUAUUUCUAAUCAGCUGAUUUCCUCUUUCGCCCAACGCAUUCAUCCCUCUGUUUUAAUUGAAUCCCUCACAGCUCGAAUCACAAAAUAAAAAAAAAUCUUUCGUUUUUUUUUUUUUUAAUUUUCUAUUUCGUUUUAGGAAAUAUUUUGUCCCCGAUUGAUAUAAUGGCCAAUCACGAAUCCUUUUUAUAGGGUUUGUGGGCUGCGUUUGCUGUCAAUUUGGUGUAGUUUUUAGUCUUGGAUAAUUUGGUGUAGCUUUUGUGUAUGACGAUUAACACCAUGUAUAUAUAGAUUUGGUGAUAAUUUGUUCUUUAACAAAGGUGUGGUAUAUAGUUUUUUUAGGGUUUGGGAUUUGAGGGGUCAAUUGUAGAAAUGUCUUCCGCCGGUAUGGUUUCCAUUGUCCCAGUUCGUGAGAGGAGCAUGACCUUUUUGCCUCCUCCAUCGCCUGAACAUAGUCAAGAAUCCAUCUUAAUAUACGUAGCUAUGUCCACGGGUUCAAUGGUCCCAAUGCGGGUUCUGGAUUCGGAUUCAAUCGAAUCCGUGAAGAUCCGGAUUCAGAACUGUAAAGGGAUUGUCACUAGGAAACAAAAAUUGGUUUGUAGGGGUAGGGAAUUAGCUCGUAGCAAUUCCCUCGUGCGCGACUAUGGUUUGAGCGAUGGGAAUAUUAUGCAUUUGGUCCUCCGUUUAUCUGACCUUCAGGUCAUUAAUGUGAGGACUUGUGGCGGAAAAGAGUUCACUUUUCACGUGGAAAGGAGCAGGGAUGUCGGUUAUGUCAAACGUCAGAUAGCAAAUAGAGAAACAGAGUUCGUUGAGGAUCAAGAGGUGUUGCUUAAUGGCAAGCCGAUCGAGGAUCAGAGGCUGAUAACCGAUCUCUCCAAGAACGAUGCAGAUGCUGUGAUUCAUUUGUUUGUGAGAAAAUCCGCGAAAAUAAAGGUCUCACCAGUCGGAAAGAACUUUGAAUUGUCUAUAGUUGCACCACAGCAGAACGACGCAAGAGAGUAUGAUGACGUGGAAAGGGAAACAGGGUAUGAGGGUGAUUCAAAGAGUGAGCACAAUCUUUUUGUACCGAGGAAACCACCGGAGAGGGAGACAUCAUUGGAGCCUGUAAUUGUUAACCCGAAGAUCGAAUUGCCUCCAGAGAUCAUCAAUUUGAUUAAUUCCACAUUGGAAGGAUUGGAUAAUGGGAAUUAUCCAAUUAGAUCAUCAGAGGGUACUGGGGGUGCAUAUUUUAUGCUGGACAAAUCGGGGAAUAAAUAUUUAUCUGUUUUUAAGCCGGCAGAUGAGGAGCCUAUGGCUGUGAACAACCCUCGAGGGCUGCCAUUGUCGGAGGAUGGAGAAGGAUUGAAGAAGGGGACUAGAGUUGGGGAAGGUGCUGUGAGAGAGUGUGCUGUUUAUUUACUGGAUCAUCCAAAGAGUGGUUGGCGUUCUUUGCAUGGCGAUGCCGACGGAUUUGCAGGGGUUCCUCCAACUGUUUAUGUGAAGUGCCUUCACAGAGGAUUUAAUCAUCCAGACGGUGUUUCUGUUAAGACAGGGUCGUUGCAAAUGUUCAUGGAGAACAACGGGAGCUGUGAAGAUAUGGGGCCCGGUGCUUUUCCGGUUCAGGAGGUGCACAAGAUUGCUGUGUUGGAUAUGAGGAUGGCGAAUGCAGAUAGGCAUGCCGGGAAUAUAUUAGUGAGUAAGGGCGAAGAUGGUCAGACUGUGCUUAUCCCAAUUGAUCAUGGCUACUGCUUGCCUUAUAGUUUCGAAGACUGCACAUUUGACUGGCUAUACUGGCCUCAAGCUCGCCAGCCUUUCAGCGAUGACACCAUCGAUUACAUAAGGUCACUGGAUGCCGAAAAGGACAUUGCAUUGCUCAAGUUCUAUGGGUGGGACCUACCACCUGAAUGUGCCCGUGUACUUCGCAUCUCAACCAUGCUUCUAAAGAAAGGUGCAGAGAAGGGGCUUACACCGUUUGCCAUAGGCAAUAUGCUUUGCAGAGAGACAGUGAGGAAGGAAUCUGUGGUUGAAGAGAUUGUUCUAGAAGCUCAGGAAUCUGUGCUACCUGGUACAAGUGAAGCUGCAUUCCUCGACUCUGUCUCCACCAUUAUCGAUCGCCGUCUUAAGGAGAUGGUCUAAUCUGAUCUAACCCUCGUAAAAAAAACUUGGUACAUAUGUUUUAGUACAUAUGCGCAUAUUGUUGGUUUGUGAAUGUGUGUCCAUUUAUUUCAUUCUUCAGUCUUCGGGGAUAGUUUCCACCGGAUUUUUUUUUAAUUUCCAACUUGUUCAGCAUUUUGAACUGGAUAAUGACUUUGUUCUUUUCAGAUCCUUGAGUAAAUUCUGAAACUCCAGUUUGUAUUU